CACGAUAAUGAUAGAGCAGAGCUCCACCUCGUCUCCUCUUUCUUGCUCCGCUCCGCUCGAACCCACCGCAUACCGGAGCCACGCUGGUCUGCCGCCGCCCUGAAUGCCCCCCUCCUUCCCUCCAAGCCUCUAGGCCAUAACCAGUCGCGCCGCCGCCGCGGUCGAGGGGCUAGUCUGCGCCGGCGACCACCGGAGAGGAGGAGGGAGGCGCGCGCGCCCGGGACGUUCUCGAGCCGUACGCCGACGCCGGUGGCCACUCCGGAAAAGGGUUGCACAGACUGAUUUUGAGAGCACUGAUGACUUGGGAGCAUCCGUCCGUAGUCAGGCUGCUUGGUGGUUAGUUGAUGAGACGUUAACUAACUGACAGCAGAAAGCAGCCCCGCUGAACCAAAAAUGGCGGCCCUGCCACUGGCCACGGCGGAGGCGUGCGACGCGAACGCGCGCAUGAUCACCAGCGGCGAGCUCCGCGCGCUGCAGCCCGUCUUCCGGAUGUACGGCGGGCGGCGGCUCUUCGCGGGCCCCGUGGUGACGGUCAAGGUGUUCGAGGACAACGUCCUGGUGCGUGGCAUCCUGGAGGAGAAGGGCGAGGGCAGGGUCCUGGUGGUGGACGGCGGCGGGAGCCUCCGCCGCGCCCUCCUGGGGGGCAACAUCGCCAUGCUGGCGCAGAACAAUGGGUGGGCCGGCAUCGUGAUCAACGGCUGCGUCCGGGACGUCGACGAGAUCAACGAGUGCGACAUCGGCGUGCGGGCGCUCGGCUCGCACCCGAUGAAGUCGGACAAGCGCGGGGUGGGCGAGAAGCAUGUCCCGGUCACCGUCGCCGGCGCCAGGAUCUGCGACGGCGAGUGGCUCUACGCCGACGCCGACGGCAUCCUCGUCUCCAGGACCGAGCUCAGCGUCUAGCUCCUCCUCUCUGUGUAUCCAUUUACUUGUGUGUAAAAUGAUGUAUGAAUGCUGUGCUGAAUGAAGCUUAAUUAUUCAGACUGAUAAGAUUGUAUGUAUACACAUGUGUUGUUGAUCAAACAAUGUGCUUAUGUUAAUUAAUCUUGACGGAGAACUUGGUUAGCAAA